CUAGAGCCAGAGCCAGAGCCAGCUCGUAUUUUAUGCUGCGUGUGUUGUCUGCACCUUUCCGUCAGCUGCAUGCGCCACACCUGAUGCGCGAUACUGAACCGGCAUCGUUGAUUGCUUUGAUUUUCCAGGCCAGCAUGGAAAUGCGAGGACUGCCAGAGUUGAUCAGGGAGACCAAGGGAGUUCCAGCACACGACUUGCAGACCAAAGAGAUUCAUGUCGACGUGAAAUCGCUAUACAUCAAUUUGAUGAAGAUUGGCCUGAAUGAUGACACAGAUCCCCAAGUCGGAAAAGAGCCAGACGAAGACGAGUCCAACGGCGAAGAAUCGGAGAUUGAUGAGUCAGACAACGGCGAAUCAGAUAAUGGCGGGUUCGAAGACGACGGAUCGGAAAACGGAGAGCGUGGCGAUGACAUGGAUGAAACGUUUCGGUUCGAAGCGGGCUUCAUUAAAAAUUAG